AUGUAUUCUUCAAUAUAUCCACAAGUAAGAAGCGAAAAAAAAACUGGUAGAGCCAAGGAUGUUAUGAAACGUUUACGAGCCGGUACUUACGAGCUUGGCGCGGAUUGUUCUGGCAAACGGCUUAAAUGCUUUCAAAAUGUUCCAGAAGAGGAUCGUAAACGAAUUGUUCGGGAAUUCAAUUUGCUGGGAGACAAAGCUAAACAAAACUCUUAUUUGGGUGGCCUCAUCACUUUGUUACCGGUGAAGCAAAGACGGCCAAGAAAUGCUGACUCUAGACAUACCGCUGCUUCAUUUUCAUAUAGAGUUCGUGGGAUAAAAGACAAUGUUUCAUGUGAUGUUCAGGUAUGCUUAAAAGCAUUCAUGUCGCUACAUGGUAUCACUGAAGAUAAAGUUAGGCACAUAAGAGGGGGUCUCCUUGCUACUGGAACAUCUCCUAAUGACCGUCGUGGAAAACAUUCCAAUACACCCCACAAACUUUCACAUGAGACCAUGGAAAAAGUAAUCAGCUUCUUGAAAUCUCUUAAAGGAAGAAAAUCGCAUUAUUCAUUGAAAGAUACCAAAAAAUAUACCUACCUGCUGAGUUAA